GGCCAGACAGCGGGGAGGCAGCGCCGUCUGUGGCCGUGGCGCGCACUCGCCGUCGCUCAUUGAUGCGCUCGCGCCCACUCGGAGCGCCAGGACGCACGGCCGCUGUAGCCGCCGCCGCCCGCUCGCCGCCGCUUCGUUGUUUACCCCCGGCAGGGUCGUCGUCGCCGAGCGCGCGCGCGCACGUGCUCCUGCUCCGGUCUGCCGGCACCGUUACUCGCGGCGGCGCCCCACGCCGGCGCGUGCCGACUUGACCUCCAUCACUACUGGAUGCCUCGCCACUGCCGUCUGGUGCUGCACUGAGCCGGGUGCCGACGCCUCACCUGGAGCGUGCCGUGACAGCGGACAAAAAGGAGCAGAAGGAGCAGCGCGCGGUCCGAGAAAAACGCUCAAGCCAUGCCGUGGCUGGCGCUGCUGGUGUGCCUUCUGCUGCGUGGAGAGGCUGCCGUGGCGGUGGACCUGCGGCGGCCAUCGUCGCCGUCCAGGCCAGAGUCGCAGAGGCCCUUCCACUUCGCUAAGCACAGGCCCGAGCUUUUCUACGACAACAACGUGGUACCUGAGAACGGCGAGGUCAACGUGUUCGUCUUCAAGGAUCAAAUAAGAAGGGUGUUCUUCCUGGUGGAGAAGGAGCGCAAUUCGCUGCUGCUGACAGCGAGUCCCUGCUCGGCGCCUAUCGAGUGGCACAUCUUCAGGAAGCCCCUGGCGCCGUCCGACUACUCCGAGGAAUCCAACGAGUCACGGGACCCAUCGGCGCUGCUGUACCGGGACGACGGAGUGUCGACAGAGCCAGUUGUCGGCGGUUCCUUCUAUGGCCGGGGCCGGCUCAGCUUCUCGAGACGUGAUGCACCCAGAGGAGUGUACAUGCUGGAGUUCGACUCAGACUCCGCCGACACCAAAGUGCGUGUGUACGGCACCUCGGACGCCGACGCCCACUACCCGUUCCCGCUGCUGCCAAUUAAGCCUAAAGUGGAAGUGCUUCAGGUACGCAACGGCCGUGUGCUGUUCACGUGGAAGCCAAGCCCGUCUGAAAGCUCAGCGCACCAGGACGUGCAGUACUGUGUGGCCGCCAACCGCAAGGAGAACUUUCACACCAAGUGCGCCGUGGACAGCGCCUUGCGAGGCGACGUACCCAGCCCGCCGCACCCGGACUCUGGCUUCGGCUUUUGGUGGGAAAAGGCGGCCCGCCGCAAAUUGGCACUCAGGUCGCGCGAGAUGCAGCGCGCCGUCCGACCACAGCGGGACGUCGUCUUUGAGUGUGUCGGCCGCAGGACUUGGCACAGCUUUGCCGACCUCGAAGUUGACCAGAGAUACUACAUCGACGUGUUCGCGAUCAACGCAAAAACUAACUCAAGUACGGCUUACCCUGGCACCAGCGUUGUCGCCAGAAGCGUGGGGAACCAGCGGAUCCAGGAUAACCAGCUUGUCCGCAUAGUGCUCGACCAGAAGGACAACUUUGUCCACGUGGCCAAAUACUCGGUGAAUGCCAACGUGCCAACUAUGUGGAUGUUCGUGCAGUCUUGCUCGGGCCCUGGUCCGAUACAGCUCUCGGUCACUUUGCGCAAAGCCAAGGUGCUUACGGCAGAAGUAAUGGACACCAGGACGCUCACCCUGAACCAUCCAUCGAACGGAACGUACGUUAUUAAGAUAUCGUCGACCGUCCCCCAGUUGCGCAGAGUUCACCUUCUCGUUAGCAAGAAGUACCACAAGUUCCCGUUCCCCACACUGCCCGAUGACAGCGGCGUCAAAGUAAUGGGCUCGUUGACCACCUGCAACUCGGUCACUCUGGCAUGGAAGGCCGCCCUGGAUGAGAAAGUUCGCUACUGCAUCUUCAAGCAAGAGGUUCGUGGAAGCUAUUCGGGCGUGUUCGCAAGACCUCAGGACUUCUGCGAUGAGACCAAGUUGGUGGAGAAGAGCGGCAAGGUUAGCUGUCGCCGCUACCACCGCUUCAGCAAGCACCGCUUCCAGAACGUCAUUAUGCAGAAGAUUAGAAAGCUACAGCCGGACACGACAUACGUUUUCGAAGUUUUGGUCACAAAGGCCAGAGGGCGAACGCUAGCCUACGAGAAAGUUUGGGCCACGACGCACAGAAGCUGUAGUCUGUCCUAUAGGAAGGGAAAGCGAUGAAUAACGCUGCGUUCCUCGUCACAAAAAAAUGCCUGCGCCGCCGGCAAGGUUGUGUUGAACACUGUGCACAAAGGCAGACUAUGAUGAUCCGCCUCUGGACUUAAGCAGUGUCCGUUAUCACAGUGAUGAAGUAAAGUGGCCGAAUUAGAGGACGCGUGGAAGACCAAACUCGAAGUUGCAACACCGAUGCUUGUCUUUAUACACCAUAUGUUGUAGUACCGCACUUCUGCCAGUGCGACCUGGAAAUAGUAGGCAAUACAUGGCGUGUGUAUAAGCCCUGCAAUUAGAAAGGACAAAAACCUGCCAAAAACGAAGCAGAAAUGAAGGCCUUUUCUGGUUUACCGUAACAGCAUGGCUGACCGUAUUUAUAGAAUCCACCAUCUUGUUCCAGCACCCGGCGAUCAACAUAAGCGUGCCAGUGUCGAACGAUGCCGUUCGGAGGGCUUUGCCGGCGCUAGAUAUUGUGGCAGCGCGCCGAGCUAGCCAUCGCGUUUAAGAAUGCAGCACUUACUGUUGUUGAGAGUAUGACUGUUUCGAUAGCUUCUGGCCAGUAUCUCAUUCUUAGAGCACACUGAAUAACAUAUACAAAGGCCAGGGCGCACACGGGUUAUAAGAUUGCUAAAUUGUUCCAUUUUCGUUAUUUGUUACAAUAACUGACGUUCUUGCAAAUUAUUUUAUUCAUUAUAAGCAUCCUCACAGCUACUGCGCCGCGAACAUGUGUCCACGGUUAAAACGAUAUCCCUGGUUUUAUUAUAGUUUGAUCAUAUAACGUAAGAAAGAAAAAUAAAGAAAGUGGGUAUGCGCCAGGUAGAUAUUUCGAACGUGAAGUCCAGCUCUCUGCUUCGACCAUUUCAUUUUCCUUUUCGAGGUCUUGUGUGGCAACUCGGCAUACGCACGAACGUUCAGUAAAUCUCAGUGCUCAGGUGACAAGUCUUUCUGAAGGACGUGCCUUUAUCGUUGCAUUUGUGCUUUAACUUGCAAACUUAAAAUAUGCUUAGGUGUGUCCGCUUGGUCUUGUGAAAAUGACCGUUCGUCUGCGUCUACACACGAAGGAAUACGACCUUCUAAAGCCAAACCGACACCGACUUGGAGCAUUUUGAGCUGAGAAGCGCAAAAAACUUGCAUUUAUACUCCGUAAACUGUUCAUAUCUAUUUCAUCUCUUCUCAUUACAGUACAUAGCAUAUGUCCGCCUGAGUUGUUCCGUCCGUAUUCCAGCUGCGGACUCAUGGUGUAGCGCUCCAACGCCUCAAGCGCGGAGUUCACAUAAGCAUACAUAAAUGUCCACUCUCAUAUUCGAAAAUCAAGUCGAGCGACAGCGGGCCCGGAACGCUUUUCACUCAGUGUUCGCAUUCACUGCAUCGCGAACUUGGCGUUGUACUUUGUGUUGAAACACUUAGCUUGUCUUUUUUUUUUAUUUGCGUUGUUCCUUGCCACGUGCCUCGACCAAGAACCAUGGUCGUCUAAAGACCAAAUGGCGAACAGUGACACAUCUCCGAGUCAUUUGCUUCACCUGUGUUGUCUUCAUCAUUGGAAUCGCCGACGGGCCUCUACAUGAACUACGUUCUCCAUGAGUAGCUGUGCACUUGCACACUGAACUGUGUCUUGUGAAAUCGGCAGCAUCAACCCGUCGUGAAUGAACAAUUUGCUACGCAAGAAGCAAGGAACUGUGUCCAUUGUCUUCGCUGAUCUUUAAGCUUGAUGCUCGGGACGUAGAGAUAUUGCGCUAGUCAAAUACAUGCCAAGGGUACACU